GGGGGUAAGAGAAAAACAAUCUAUUGGGACCUUUUUGAUAUACCUGUUACUAUAGGCAUUGGAAAUAAUACUUUAACAAUUUCAGAUGAGUUUUCGGUUUUACCAACAGAAAAAGAUAGCAAUG